UCGGUCUUUGAAAAACGGGUAUUCUAUAGGGCCAGAAAUUUUUGGUGACUCGUGCCUAACCUCAGCGUAAAAGUAAAGCCAAGACUCUUCAAAUUCACUAUGACUAAGAAAUACGUCAAGAAUCUGGUGUGGAUGCUAGUGGUCUCUUCGCUGACAUUGAAGAGCAGCGGCUUCGUGCACAACAAAAGGAAGACAGCGCUGCUGCCAGGCGACAUCCUCAUCGGUGCUCUAGUGCCACUACACUAUCCACCAGUGGAGCUGGUCAGAGCGCAGACUUGCGGAGAGAUUCGAGAGCACUACGGCAUCCAGCGCGUCGAGGCCGCGUUCCUCGCGGUUGACGAGAUCAACCGCAACCCCGACCUGCUGCCCAACAUCACCCUGGGACUCGAGAUCAGGGACACCUGCUGGUGCUCUUCCAUCGCCCUCGAGCAGAGCUUGGAAUUCAUCCGCGAUGCCUUAUCAGACUCGGACAGCAACGAAGGCGGCGGCGGGCUCGACGACUCCAGGGACUUCAUCCGCCCGAACCGCACGAAAAACAUCGUCGGGGUCGUCGGCCCGGGGUCUUCCGACGCGACGAUACAGGUUCAAAAUCUACUAAAGUUAUUCAAUAUCCCGCAAGUUGGCUACUCGGCGACUUCUUUGGAUUUGAGCGAUAAAACUCGAUUUUCCGAUUUCCUGCGAGUGGUUCCAUCGGAUUACUACCAAGCCCAGGUCAUGGUUGACAUCGUUCGCUAUUACAACUGGACAUACGUCUCGACGGUUUACACUGAUGACAACUACGGGCAGAGAGGCAUGGCAGCGUUCAAUGCACUUGCUGAAGUAUCGAACAUAUGCAUAGCUGAAGAAGAAAAAGUGGCUUAUAAUGCCGACGAUCCUGCCUUUGAUAACGUCAUUAAAAACCUAAUUAAAGCGGAACGAGCAAACGUCGUGGUCUGCUUCUGUGAUGGCAUGACCGUGAGAAAUCUCCACCGGGCAGCUCAGCGGUAUAACGUGGCGUCGAGAUUCCUCUUCAUUGGAAGUGAUGGCUGGGCAGACCGGACUGACGUUGUCGACGGGCUUGAAGAAAUUUUCACUGGCGGAAUUUCAGUCAGGAUCAAAAAGCCGUAUUUAAUGGACUUUGAUAAAUACUAUUUUGCCUUGAAACCCAUGCAAAACUCGAGGAACCCUUGGUUCGAAGAAUUCUGGCAGCACAAAUUUAACUGCUCACUCCCGGUCAAGGAGACAUUAGCAGGCUUGCCGCCGUGCACUGGCAACGAGAGUUUGUCCAAUGGUUAUUAUCAAGAUGCAAUUCUGCCGUUCGUGAUGAAGGCCGUCUACACCAUGGCUCACGGUCUUCACAACCUGCAGCGUGCGGUGUGCGGUCCCUUUGAAGGCAUCUGCCCUGACAUGCUGCCCAUCAACGGAUCACAAUUUAUGACUCACUUGAUGAACGUAACAUAUCAAUUCCUCAACGAGACGGUUUCGUUUGAUUCUAACGGAGACCCCCCAGGCAGAUACGAAAUAUUGAAUUUCCAACGCUUCAACAACGGCUCGUACGGAUACGUGAGGAUCGGCACUUGGGAUAACGGCUCUCUCGAAAUGCAGCAAGAAACCGUCAAGUUCAACAGCCUCAACGGCCUACCACCAACGUCUGUGUGUUCCAGUCCUUGUGCCGCUGGUAAAGCCAAGUAUUUCCCAUCAAUCGGAGAGAAGAUCAAGACGUGCUGUUGGACGUGUCUCGAAUGCGAAGACUCCGAGUAUCUGUUCAAUGAAACUACGUGCUCCGAGUGCCAGCCUUACUACUGGCCAAAUGUCAACAAAACCGGCUGCGACGAGAUCAUGGUUGAGCAUCCCUCUUGGGAUGACGACCAGGUCAUUGUUGGCUUGGUUUUGGCUGCGCUGGGAUUUUUGACGACCGUUUUCACGAUGGCUGUCUUUAUCUGCUACAACCACACUCCAGUCGUCAAGGCAUCGACGCGCGAGCUGUCGUACAUAAUUUUGGUGGGCAUGAUGAUGUCGUACUGCUCAUCCAUCGCAUUCCUGGCCAAGCCGUCGACGACCUCUUGCAUCUUGGCUCGCCUCCUGCCCGGCCUUUCGUUCUCCAUGAUCUACGCGGCGUUAGUGACAAAAACCAACAGAAUUGCUCGCAUUUUUGCCGACAGCAAGAAGUUUAUGGUCCAUAAAUCGAGAUUUGUGUCAGCCGUUGCCCAAGUGGUGAUAACACUCAUCUUGAUCUCCGUCGAAAUCUUCAUCAUCGCCGCUAUGUUUAUUUUGGAGCCUCCUGGGACCGUGCGACAACAAGUGCGCGAUCGGGUGACGCUGGAAUGCAACACGUCCACUCUAAGCAUCACGGCUCCUCUGGCCUGGGACUUCAUUCUUGUGAUGAUGUGCACGCUUUACGCCGUCAAGACCCGAAACUUGCCUGAGAAUUUCAAUGAAGCAAAGUUCAUUGGUUUCUCCAUGUACACGACUUGCGUGAUAUGGCUAGCGUGGGUUUCGAUCUACUUCGGCAGCAACCACAAGAUUAUCUGCAUGAGCGUCUGUACGUCGCUUAGUGCACUCGUCACUCUCAUCCUACUAUUCUUCCCCAAGAUUUACAUUAUAAUAUUUAGGCCGCAGCGCAACAUUAGACCAGUAACGUUUAAGGAGGUCCGUGUCCAUAUUGGUUCAAAUAAAUCCUUAGGGGAAGUGGACACAAAUGUACCUAAGAAACCAGCUGGGAGUUUCAAAAUAGUAGCGACAAUCUUGAACGCGGGACACUUACUGCUGCAGCCAAUCCUGACGCGCGUCAAGAGCGCGCUGCACACUCCAGUCUCAGGUCCCAACGCCGGGCGACUGCAUCCCGACUUCGUCCCUUCGCUGAAAGCGGCACUCAAACCUGAGGUGCCCGAAAGAUACUGACUGAAAAUCCAAGGCCUCGGCCACAUCACUGAGUGAAGCUCCAAAGCCGCGGACACAACAUUGACUGAAACUCCAAGGCCGCGGCCACAUCAUUGCAACUGCCGGCGCGAGGCUGAAGCUCCGAGGCCGCGGCCACUCUGAAACUAAUCGGUGCGUAGAAACUACGCACCAAAGUGACUAUCCCGGCUUGUCCCAAAACGAGUUGCCGAAGGCGUCUAAAACGCCCCUCAGCCAGCCGUAGCGCGUAAUUAAAAGCUACUUUUAGCGCUCAGUGAGAAAGAGAAAGCCUCAGUGAACUUACCGCCGACGCUUCUAUGCCCAUCAUUGUAACUGCCGGCGCGAGGCUGAAGCUACGAGGCCGCGGCCACAUCAUUGCAACUACCGGCGCCAUGCAGGCUGAAGCUCCAAGGCCGCGGCCACAUCAUUGCAACUGCCGGCGCGAGGCUAAAGCUCCGAGGCCGCGGC